UACGGCAGGUCUGUCGCAACGCGCGCAGCGUCGCCGUUGGGAGCGGAGGGAAGUUUGAAGCGAGGCGGCGUGAUGGCGGGGCAAGGUGGCGAGCCCGGGGAGCUCAGCCUCGUGGAUAAGGGCGUGAGGAGUUUGCUGGAGGUCUCGUUGAGCUCGGAUCUGCACACGCUCAAUAUGCACUGCAACCGCAUCGCCAGAAUCGAAGGGCUCGACCACCUCCGGAAUUUGCAACAUUUGGACCUGUCGUCCAACCAAAUCCGCCGCAUGGAGGGGCUGAAUGCCCUGGAGAGCCUGCGCAGCCUGAACUUGUCCUGCAACCUGAUAACGGCAGUGGAGGGACUGGAAAAGCUCUUUAAUUUAACUACACUGAAUUUGUCAUAUAAUCGUAUACACGAUCUCUCUGGAUUCCAGUGUCUUCAUGGAACCCAUCAUAAGAUCAGUUGUAUUGACCUUCGCAGCAACUGCAUAAACAAUAUUAAUCAUUUACUGCAGUGCACAAAGGGGCUGCAGUGCUUGACCAAUUUGACAUUGGAAAAAUAUGGAAACACCAAUCCAGUUUGUUAUGCAGCAGGUUAUAGAGAAAGUGUUCUUCAGGCCUUGCCCCAGCUGGCAGUUCUGGAUGGAAGAAAUAUUCGUGGUGAGCCAGUAGAGUCAACAGAAGGAAGCUGUUCGAAUUUGCAGUGUUUAGAAGACAUUUUGAACUGUUUAACUUCAUCCGGGUCCCCUUCAUCCAAAGAUCAGAAGGCCUUACCGUUGGUGACACCGCACAUUGACCAGGCGUUAGCUUAUUUUCGGCAGCGUACAAAAGUACCGGUACAAAGUUCUGUCAGUUCCUCUACAGAGCGUGUUUCAUCUUCAGAGCCUGAGAAGUCCAUACUUGAUAAAAUACAGAGUGAGAUGAGGAUUCAAAAAUUAGAAGAUCAAAUUUCACAAAUACUGCAGAAGGUAUCUGAUGCCUCAAGAAGAGAAGCCUCUCCAAAUGUUCUUAAAGCUAAGAGAGACACAGAUCCAACUUCUGAGAGUGAACAUGAGACUGAGAAGGAGAACAGCAAAAAGGCUGUGAAAAGAAGCAAGAUCCCUACUUACCAUAGAACUACUUUAUCUGCUAGACGUCACUUGAAUCAUCCUAAGACCAAGAUAACUGACAGGGAAGAGAAGAGCUCCUCAAAACGUUCACCUUCCCAUAAGAGGAACUCUCAUCUCAAUUCAUCAUCAGAUAGUCCCAAUUUGGAAGUAGUGGGAAGAAGAGCUGAUGUAUUAAUUGGAAGACAGAGCAAUGUGGAAAAAGUGGAUGAUGUGAAUUCAAACGCGACAGAGGAAUCCACAUACCGAGCACUGAUUCAGGAACUUGAUCAGGAAAAAGAAAGAAGGUGGAAAGCAGAACAAGCAGAGAAGAAAUUAGUAGAGCAUGUCAAAGAGUUACAGAAGCAUGCGAAAGAGGAAAAGAAUAUUCAAAGUAUGGCUGUAUACACUACAGAGAGGUUAAAGGAAAUGAUAUUGAAAGAGAAAGGUAUUAAAAUGAGAUUGCAAACAGAUGUCCAACAGUUGAAAGAUGAAACUGAAAGACUUACAAAUGAGUUAAAUCAAGCAAAAAAUAAAGAAGCAGAACAUCAGAAGGCUAUGCAAGCUUUAGAAGAAGCGUUAUCCAAGAUGGAAACACAGAGAUUGCAGCAACGAGCAAUAGAGAUGAAACAGGUGCAAGAAGCAGAGCUUAAAGCAUCAGCAAAUGAAAGAGAAUUACAGUUACUUCGAGUAUCUCUUCGACAGCAGAGGGAGAAGGUAAAACAACUGCAUGAACUUCUUAUAUUAAGAGAACGAGAACAAAGGAAAGAACUUGAAACCCGAGUUGCUUUACAUGGACCAGAGUUUCAAGCAGCUGUGUCAAAAGAAGUGGCAAAAGAGGAGCAGAGGCAUGAACAGCGUGUUAAAGACUUUGAGGAGAAAAUUAAUACAUUAAACCAGAAGUAUACAGAGUUAGAAGAUGAAUUCCGUUUAGCUUUAAGGAUUGAGGCAAAAAGGUUUAAAGAGGUACAAGAGGAUUUUGAAAAUGUUUCUGCUGAUUUAGCUGAACAUCAGCAGGCCCUCUUUGAGUUUCAACAAAAGGAAAAAGAGAUGACAGUUCUGAUCCAAGACCUAACAAGCAUAGUGAAAGAACAGAAAGCAAAGAUUGCAGAAUUAUUAAAAUCAAAUCAGGAAACCACAGCAAACCUGAAGAAUCGAACUGAAGAACUUGAAACUGUGAUUGAGCAGGACAAAGAGAAGGCUGGUCAAGUGGAACUUCUGAAGAAGGAAAAUGGAAAACUUAUUUCUCAGCUGACCGCUCAAGAAUCUGUAAUUGAUGGAUUAAAAAUGGAAAGAAAAAUAUGGGGGCAGGAGUUGGCACAACAGGGAGCUCACCUUUCUCAAGAUCGGGGAAAACUGGAGGCAAAAAUCGAGGUUUUAACAAAUGAGGUGGAAAUUCUAAAGAAGCAGAGGGAACAGGACAGUGAUGCUAUACGAAUUAAAAACAAAAUAGUGGACGAUCAGACAGAAACAAUUAGGAGAUUAAAAGAAAGCUUACAAGAAAGAGAUAAACAAAUCAGAAAACAGCAUGAAGAACAUAAGCGUUUUCAAGUACAGUUAGAUGAAAAAGCUACUGAAUUCGAAGAGCUUAUGGAAAAGCUAGAAAGACAAAAUGAAAGAAAAGAGCAAUUAAAGCAGCGUUUAGAAGAAAAAGAAGUAGAACUUGAUGACAUGAGGAGAGCACACAGUGCACUGAAGAAAAAGUGGCAAGGUAAAGAUGAGCUAUUAAGUCAGCUGGAGGUACAAGUUAAACAGAUGAAGGAGAGCUUUGAUAUGAAGGAGAAGAAGCUGAUUGAAGAGAGAAAUAAAAGUCUUCAAGCUCAGAGGAUUGCUACAGAGAGGCUUCGUGAAAUGGAUGAUACUUUUAGAAAACAACUUGAGUCAGUAUUGGCAGCUCAUGAGGCAGAAAUAGUGCAGCUGGCAAAUGAGAAGGAAAAACAAAUUGAAGCAGCAAAUGAAAAAGUUUACUACGUUGAAGAAGAAAUGCGUCAGCUUCUGCAAGAAACAGCAAGCAGUAAAAAAGCCAUGGAAGAUAAAAUAAAACGGAUUACGUAUGUGUUGAAUGACAUUCAGCAAGAUCUGUGAAGCUUUAUGUCUUACAUUUCAGAGUUGUUCUUUACAAAUGUAUACACUAAAAAGAAUAUUAAUUUAAACAAAUAUGCUACAAUGCACUUCUUACUUGGUUUGAAGUGCUUCUAGAGAACAAAUUUUAUAUAGAAUUUUGAGGGCUUGGGAAUCAGGCAAAUACUUGUACAGUAUUUUUAUAAUAAAUGCUUAUUUCUAACCCUUGUUUAUUUUUGAGUGUUCUGUCAAAGUUGGAUCAGAAACAAAUUUAUUGAUUGAAAUCAUUGCAUAAAUUGAGACAUGACUGUUUGAGAGAAGAAUGUAAAAGCAAAGGAUGUUUUCUAAGUGUGAGAAUACAAAAAUGUGUGAAGACAAACUUAAAGAUUUCCUGUUUUGUAGUACAAAUUCUUCUAAUGAGCAAUCAAAGAACUUUACCUGAAAAUGUUUGUGAUCUGCACAUGCUGCAGAAAAUGGCUUUUCACCAGGCUGCUGAAAAGUAGGAGAUAAUAAGCUUUAAGUUAGAACAAUCACAGUAAUGUAUAUAUGUUAGAAAUUUCAUCUCCACUCUACUGAUGCAUUUAUUUCAUUUGUUUAUUCUCAUUCUACUGAACCAUAAUCUGAAGUGCUUAAUACUGUGGUAGUAAUUAUAAUUGUGUUCUUUCUUGGUACACCAGGUGGAGCUAUUUCUUUCCAUCUUGCAGCUCAACAGCUAAAGCAGACUCCUGUAGCACAAAUGACGACAGACUCAACUAACCUGACUUUAGCAUCACUUUGUUCUGCAUCCCAAAAUGAGUUCUCUAAUAUGGAAUAGCAGUAUACAUAAUUUAGUAUGAGUAGUAGUGCUAAUAGAAGGCCACAGGGCUUUUGUUAACUGUGCAAGGCCUGUUGGGCUUGUUACCAGCAUGUUAUGAGAUCUUGUGUAAACCAUAGGCUAACACGAGCUGCUCCUUGUCAUGAGGUGCAGCUUCAUUGUGGAAUGGAGGCAAAAGCUUUGGAAAUAUGGGCACAAGCUGAAAGCAGAGGCUGCAGCACCACCAGUAUGCUAAGUGCUCUGCAAAUGCACAACGCUGAGAACUGGGAAGACACUUUCUUUCCAUUACAAAGUUAAGCUGCAGCAAAGAAAAAAAUGGAAGGGCUGAGAAUUGUUUUGAAAUUGUACUGUCUUAUAAAUUAGGAAGAUCCCAUGUGUGUGGGAUGGGACAGAAAAGACCUGCUUCAGUUCUGGUUCCCUACAUCCAGCACUGACAAUGAGGGAGGAGCAGAGCCAUCAGCACCAGCCACAGGGCAUCCCCUCUGGUACUGUACUCUCCCAACUAAUGUAUGUGUGUAAUGAUAGUCUUGUUAAGGACUGACUGCUUUGAAGCAGUUGGAUGAUAUUUAAAAACGAAUAUAUGCUGAUAACAAUUAGUAAGGUGCAAGAUUCAACUCCUAGCACGUCUGUUGGUCUAGUAAAUUUUGUUGUAAAGUUUAAAAUGUGGUUGAUUUAUCAAUCUGACACUAUCACAGCAACCUUCUUGACUGCCUGACAAAUAUCUCAGCACCACCAAUGUGCAGAUGAAAAUAUCCUCUCAAGGGGACCUUGUGCUCUGCACACUUCUUUCUUUGGAGGCUACGUAAUAAUCUGGAAGACUGUUCUAUACCAUCUACAUGGAUGGCACACCAAAAGGCUGGGAUUUCUGCAGCAAUUCAGAAUGCUUUUCUGUUGUUUACCAAGUGUUUCUUUGGGCACUUUUCUAACUCUUUGACCAAGCCACAUUCUAAUAUUGCAACUGAAUACUUGGAAUGCACUGGCAAGGUAGCACACCUUCCUUGUAACCACAUUCCGUUUAUUAAUGCCAGCCCAGGUUUCCUCCAAGUUUUUCAUUCUGAAACCAUUUCCUGAUUUUGUCAUAGGGAGCUGUUACUGUUUUUUACCAUAGGUUCUUAUUGUUCCUUGCUCCUGGCUUGGAAAUCUUAUACCGUAGCACCCGGGCACAUACCUGCGGUAGCUUUGUUUGUAUUGUUUCCUUUUCGCAUGUCUGAUUCUACCUCUGGCAUUAUUUCCUUCUUUCUGCCUGCAUAGAUUUCUUGAAGCUUUUUUUUAAUGUUAAUUCCUAUGGUUGGAAUAGGUCUCAAAAUGUUAAAUAGAUACAAGUGUGGCGCAGAUCAGAACAGUGCCAAAUGGAAAAACUUCAGUCUGAGAUUACUGGAGAGCAUAAAAUAACUGA